AGCACUAACUAGCCAAUCGAACUCUUAAAUCGAUGUAUGUCAGCAGAUAGGUAUUGAUGGUAUUGCUUAAGGACUUCCAUUGUAGCUAUCGCUUUAAGAAUAUCUUUGUGCUCUGCAGUGGUGCAGAAGCUUUUCUUGUAAGGGCAAGAUAGACGCAGGCUUUAAGAACAAGUAGCAGGGUGGUGUGAAUGCAGCCUUAUGCUAAUAGCAAACCAAAAGAGGAAGACUAUGGAUUGCACUCAGGAUUUAAGAAACAAAUUUCUUAUUAAUUAAUCAAAUUAAUCCUUUUAUGGAGGUGCUCAGUGGAGAUUAAAGUCCAGUGCCAGAAUUCCCAGAAGUCCUGUGCAGCAGCCCCUUGAGGACCGGAUCUUCACUCCGACAGUCUCAGCUGUGUUCAGCACUGUAACACAGGUAGCAAGACAACCGGGACCUCCUGCUCCAUCCCCUUACUCUGCACAUGAAAUAAACAAAGGACAUCCAAAUCUUGCUGCAACGCCACCAGGACAUGCAUCAUCCCCUGGACUUUCACAGAGUACAUAUUCCUCUGCCUGACUUGCCUCCAGCAGGAAGAAUGAAAAUGGAAGUGGCUCACACCGAUGGCUCCCCAUCAAAGCACCAAUAUCCUCUUCUGCUCUGUGGGGCACUCCACUGAGGCAUGGCCCUACUGGAGCUGGAAGAUACAGAAAUUUUGGGAGCAGCUGAGAACCCCUCAUAGAGCCGGGCAGUAGCUGCAGCAGGCUUCUUGGCUCCUAUCCGAAAACAGUGUUACAAGAGAAAUCAGCUGCAAUUGUGGCAACAGUUGCACUUUAGAGAGCAAACCAGCAUGGAAGAGAAGCAGCAGCCCCUACACUGUUGAGAGAAAACUCCAGCAAACAAGCAGCCAGGAGGGAGGAGGGACAGAAGCUUUCAACCCCACCCAAGAGCCAGCAGUCUUUUUGAAGAUCCAAGGGAACUGGUGCAAAGGAUUCUGGGAUGUGGGAUGGCCCCUUACCCCUCAGGGCAGAAUGCAGCUCCAGCCACAUUGGUGUACCCCCAAACUCCUCAAACAAUGAACACACAGCCUCAGACCCGCUCUCCGCCCAGCAGAACAGUGCCAAUACAUUGCACAGACAACUGGAAGAGGAGGAAGGUUUUGGAACAGAAUCCGGUUUACAGGUCCCUGGCUGGAGGAGGCUGGAUAAAAUACUGCAUUUUUGCAGCGGGGCCUCGACCUGCCCAUCACCAGGGAGGAUUCAGACCCAUCCAGUUUUUUCAGAGGCCUCAAAUACAGCCUUCUAGAGCUGCCAUCCAGAACAGCAGCCCUUCUAUCCGUCCUGGUGCGCAAACACCAACUGCAGUGUAUCAAACCAACCAACACAUCAUGAUGGUUAACCAUCUGCCAAUGCCGUACCCAAUGCCCCAGGGCCCCCAGUACUGUAUACCACAGUAUCGUCAUAGUGGCCCUCCUUAUGUUGGGCCUCCACAGCAGUAUCCUGUUCAGCCACCAGGGCCAGGCCCAUUUUACCCAGGCCCGGGUCCUGGAGAAUUCCCCAAUGCCUACGGAACACCAUUCUACCCAAGUCAGCCAGUGUAUCAGUCAGCACCCAUCAUAGUGCCUACACAGCAGCAGCAACAACAGCCUCCACCAGCUAAGAGAGAGAAAAAAACAAUCCGAAUCCGGGAUCCAAACCAGGGGGGCAAAGAUAUAACGGAAGAAAUAAUGUCUGGAGGAGGCAGCAGGAACCCUACGCCUCCCAUUGUGAGACCCACCCCCACACCUACCCCUCCUCAGCUUUUAUGUUCGCAUGCUCAUUAUCACCCUUUUUUGUACUUCAAAUCCCAGCAGCUGUCCAGCCAGGUCCCAGAGCACAGCCCUGUGGUUUACGGGACUGUGGAGAACACUCAUCUUGCCGCCAGCACUCCUGUGACUGCAACUAGCGACCCGAAGCAAGAAGAGAAGCCAAAACCAGAUUCAGUAUUAAAAUCUCCUUCCCCAGUCCUCAGACCAGAGCCUAGUGGGGAGAAAAAAGAUCAAGCUGACCAGACCUCUGAGGCUGCCUCUGAGGAACCACCACCAGAACUUCCUCUUGCUGCAUCACCAGUCCCUCUUGUUCCUAUUGCUGCUGCUGCUUCUAGUAAAUCUACAUUCACAGUUGACUCAGAGGAGAGCUGUGAACUAACUUCCCCGAAAGAGGAAACAAUGCCUAUAUCCAGUGCCACACCCUGCACAGAAGAAUCAGACCCUUCACCAAUAGAAGAGGUUGAUGCUGAUACGUGCAAGGAGCCUAGUACUGUAGCAACUAGUGAUAUUCCAGUGACUGCUAGUACUAAUCUAAUUAAUGAAAUUAAUGGAGUUAAUGAAAAAGUAACUGCUACAGAUGGCAUAGCAGAAAUAGUUCAACAGGAAGUUGCACCAUUGACUCUUGAAUUUGAGAUUUUGGAAGGCCUUCCUGCAGAAGUGGAAAGUGUACCAUCUUCCAUUGCUCUUUCCACCUCUCCCUCUCCUCCUCUAACUCCUCCUAUUCCUGUUUCUGCUGCUGUUACUACUACAACACCUCCUUCCCCUCCUCUUCCUCCUCCUCUUCUUCUUCCAUCUCCAAUUGCCCUCCCUGCUGUUCAGGGAGAUUUAGAUGGAGAGGAGAGCAGAAGAACUACCCUUAAUGAAGUUGUAAAAGAUACUCAAAAGAAAGAAGAGGUGGAAACAGAUGGGCAACCGGAGGAGAAUGCAGAGUCUCAGAAUUUAAACUCCAGGAAGAACCCUGUACCAGCCCAAACAACUGUAGCUGCACCAAAGAUGUGGAAGAAACCAAAAGAUCGGACCCAAGCCACUGAGGAGGUGUUAGAGGCGGAAACAGAGCGUAAAGUAGAAGAGGAACUUUCGGGUGACAAAGUACCUGAAUCUGAACAGGAUAAAAUGAGACAUGUGUUCCACCUGGAAAGAGAUACCUCUGAACUUAAAAAAGCAAAAGUUGUGGAAGAAAAUGGAGAGCAGGAAGCAGAGCCUAUACGUAACGGAGCUGAGUGUGUUUCAGAGAGUGAAGGAGCUGAUGCUAAUUCAGGCUCCACAGAGAGCUCUGGUGAAGGGCUAGAAUACCAGUAUAAACCAGAACAGUGGAAGCCCAUGGAUCCUGAAGGGAAGAAGCAGUACGAUAGGGAGUUCCUGCUGGAUUUCCAGUUCAUGCCUGCCUGUAUACAGAAACCGGAAGGGCUGCCUCCCAUUAGUGAUGUGGUCCUCGACAAGGUGAGAGGAGACCCAAUAAAACAGAUUAAUCAGCCAAAAUUGCCAAUUCGAACUCUGGACCCUCGGAUAUUACCUCGAGGACCAGACUUCACACCAGCCUUUGCCGAUUUUGGGAGACAAACUUCCGGGGGAAGGGGUGUAGCUCAGGCCUGCAAAGUGCAGAACAACCCCGGAUUGCCUUCUGUGGCUCGGUGUGGCACCCCAGCAUGCCCUCUGUUGGUCUCAUCUCACCCACCAUUGAGGAACCUGCCGAUAGGGUUGUUGAAUGUUGGACCAAGAAGAUCACAGCAAAGCCAGAGGAGGGAGCCCAGGAAGAUCAUCACUGUAUGUGUGAAAGAAGAUGUCCACCUGAAGAAAGCAGAAAAUGCCUGGAAGCCAAGCCUGAAAAGAGACAGCCAGGCUGAGGACCCAGAAAAUAUAAAAACCCAGGAGUUGUUCCGCAAGGUACGAAGUAUCUUAAACAAAUUGACACCACAGAUGUUCAAUCAGCUAAUGAAGCAAGUAACAGACCUGACUGUAGACACAGAAGAGAGGCUAAAAGGAGUCAUUGACCUGGUCUUUGAGAAAGCCAUCGAUGAGCCCAGCUUCUCUGUGGCUUAUGCAAAUAUGUGUAGAUGUCUUGUAACGCUGAAAGUACCUAUGGCAGACAAGCCUGGGAGCACAGUAAAUUUCCGCAAGUUGCUACUGAAUCGUUGCCAGAAGGAAUUUGAAAAAGACAAAGCCGAUGAUGAUGUCUUUGAGAAGAAGCAAAAAGAGCUUGAAGCUUCUACCACUCAAGAGGAGAAGACGCGACUCCAUGAGGAGCUGGAGGAGGCCAAGGACAAGGCUCGACGGAGAUCCAUCGGAAACAUCAAAUUCAUUGGUGAACUCUUCAAACUUAAAAUGCUGACAGAGGCCAUCAUGCAUGACUGUGUGGUGAAGCUGCUUAAGAACCAUGAUGAAGAAUCCCUGGAGUGCCUUUGCCGCCUGCUCACCACCAUCGGCAAGGACUUAGACUUUGAGAAAGCAAAGCCCCGUAUGGACCAGUAUUUUAAUCAAAUGGAGAAGAUUGUGAAAGAGAGAAAAACGUCCUCCAGGAUUCGGUUCAUGCUUCAGGAUGUAAUAGACCUAAGGCUGUGCAACUGGGUAUCCCGGAGAGCAGAUCAAGGCCCCAAAACUAUUGAGCAGAUUCAUAAAGAAGCAAAAAUUGAAGAGCAAGAAGAGCAGAGAAAGGUCCAGCAACUCAUGACCAAAGAGAAGAGAAGACCAGGUGUCCAGAGGGUAGAUGAAGGUGGAUGGAACACUGUUCAGGGGGCAAAGAAUAGUCGUGUGCUUGACCCCGCCAAAUUCCUUAAAAUCACCAAGUCCACAAUAGAUGAGAAGAUUCAGCUUGUGCCUAAAGCCCAGUUGGGCAGCUGGGGGAAGGGCAGCAGUGGUGGAGCAAAGGCCAGUGAGAUUGAGUCCUUACGACCAAGUGCCACUAGUUUGAACAGAUUUUCUGCACUGCAGCCCCCAGUGUCGUCUGUGUCGUCUUCUUCUGUAUCCUCAGAGUUAGACUCUCGCAGGGCCUUAACUAGUCGUGGGAGCACAGGCAGAGAGAAGAAUGACAAACCACUCCCAUCUUCGGUCACCCGUCCAAACACCUUCCUGCGCGGUAGCAGCAAUAAAGAGCUGCUGCUAGGCAAUCAGGCACAAGAAGAACAACGGCGAGAGAUGCUAGAGACAGUGAAACAGCUAACAGGUGGCAUGGAUAUGGAGAGAAACAUCACAGAGAUAGACAGGAACAAAGCCAAGGAAAUGGCCAAGCCAGAAACUCCCUCAGCUCCAGUAAAAGACAAAUCUUCACUGUCAGAAGAGGAAAUGGAGAGAAAGUGCAAAUCCAUCAUUGAUGAGUUCUUGCACAUUAACGAUUAUAAGGAAGCAAUGCAGUGUGUGGAGGAGUUGAAUGCACAGAGUCUGCUGCCCAUUUUUGUGCGAGUCGGAGUGGAGUCUACUCUCGAGAGGAGUCAGAUCACCAGGGAUCACAUGGGCCAGUUACUACAUCAGUUGGUGCAGUCGGAAAAGCUAAGCAAACACGACUUCUUCAAGGGGUUUUCAGACACCUUGGAGCUGGCAGAUGAUAUGGCCAUUGAUAUACCACAUAUUUGGUUGUAUCUAGCUGAAUUGGUGACCCCCAUGUUAAAAGAAGGAGGAAUCUCUAUGAGAGAACUUAUAACAGAAUUUAGCAAACUGUUACUUCCUGUGGGAAGAGCUGGGGUCUUGCUUUCUGAAAUAUUGCACCUUCUAUGCAAACAAAUGAGCCAUAAGAAAGUAGGAGCCUUAUGGAGGGAGGCUGGCCUCAGUUGGAAGGACUACUUACCUGAAGGGGAGGAUAUACAUACCUUUCUCACGGAGCAUAAGUUGGACUUCACAGUGUCUGACUGUUCCAGUUCCUCAGAAGCACUUUCAGAGGAAGAACUCUCUGCUGACGAACUGAACAAACAGCUAGAAAAACUCAUUAUUGAGGACAAGGCGAACGAUGAACAAAUCUUUGAUUGGGUAGAGGCUAAUCUAGAUGAAAGCCAGAUGAGUUCACCUACAUUCCUUAGAGCUUUAAUGACAGCAGUUUGUAAAGCGGCCAUUACAGCGGAUUCUUCUAGUUUCCGUGUGGACACUGCUGUUAUCAAGCAGAGAGUGCCGAUCUUACUCAAGUACCUAGACUCAGAUACAGAGAAGGAACUACAAGCACUUUAUGCACUACAAGCAUCAAUAGUAAAACUUGAUCAGCCUCCUAAUCUGUUGCGGAUGUUUUUUGAUUGCCUGUAUGACGAGGAGGUGAUAUCGGAGGAUGCCUUUUACAAAUGGGAAAGCAGCAAGGACCCAGGAGAGCAGAAUGGGAAAGGAGUAGCACUGAAAUCAGUCACAGCAUUCUUCACAUGGCUACGGGAGGCUGAAGAGGAAUCAGAGGAUAAUUAAAACUUAAAAUACAGAAAACAAAACAAAAAAAGAAACAAUUUAAGUAUUUUUUUAAAAAGUUUCACGUCUUCGCCAAUCACAGUGCAGCAAGGCCAAUUCUCGCGCAUAACCCCCUCCUUCCCCCACAUAUGCACGAGUGGGAGAGGAAAAAAAAUAGAUAAACAUAAAGGUGAUCAUGGAGGAAAAAGGUACUUGGGGAAAAAAAAGUAAACGUCAAACCUGAGGGCGGGAGCACUAAACCAAAAUACAUGUAUUAUUUAUAGAAAAUAUUUUCUGUUUUAAUCAUUUUUUGUUUUCUUUUUAAACAAGGACUCCUACUUUAAAAAACAGAUCUGUUUAGCAAAAAAAAAGUUGAAAACUUUAAUUUAUUAUUUUAAGGACUGCAAAUGCCAGUGUAAUUUUUAAAUUUGCAGUUUCUGUAAACAAAUUGUAUGAUAGAAAAAAGCAGAGAAAUAAAUUUCCCUCCCCUUCA